AUGUCUAAAAAUCGCAAGCAAAGCGGUGUUCCUAAUACCCAACAACAGACUGCCCCGGUCCCAAUCACGCAGCCAACGGACUCGUACAUCCCAUCUUUUCUAGCAGCCCAAGUUCCUGAACUAAAGUCCUACAAGCAGCUUUUAGAAGCAGAGAAGAAGAUCGAUCUGUACAUUAGCCGAAAGAAAAUCGAUUUGUUUCAAUCUGUGUCGCAAUGGAACAAUCUCAAGCAAAAUAAUGAGGAAAAACAGUAUCUGCGUAUUUUCGUGUCGAACAUCGCUGAAAGCCAACCUUGGCAAGGCCACGAAGGUGAUUUCCCACCUUCGUGGACGCUUCGAGUAGAGGGUCGAACUUUGGAUUCACAAGACGUCGGUGCACCCGAUAGACCAAAAUUCAGCACAUUUCUGCAAGGCAUUGCAGUGGACUUCAAGGAAAUUCAAAACGGUCAUAAUGCUAGUCCGAGUGAACCAAAUAAACCGGCAGAGGAGUCCGUUCAGCAGCAACCACAACAACCACCACAGCAACCACAACAGAACCAACCAAAUCGGGAGAGCAAUUUGCCGUCGGUUGUGGAGUGGCAUUUCGACCCCGCUAAUCCUGCGGAUUUCGAUGGACUGGAUAUUAAGCGGGAAGGAUCCGAGAAUGUCGAAUGCAAUAUCGUCAUUCAGCCGCGUGGCACUACAGGGGAGUGGAUUCAAUUUUCGCCCCAGCUGUCGUCUAUCAUCGGUACUUCGCGGGGCACACUCCACGAGGCAGUUUACUCGUUGUACAAAUACAUUUUGCUGAACGAUUUGUUGAGUGAUGAAGACCCCGUUGCAACCGCAGCGCCCCAGCCGGCCCAGGGUUCGAACAACAACACGAAUGGUGAAAGAACGAUUGUCAAAAUUGAUAAAUAUCUUGCUGGACUUUUCACAGAAGAGCGCACAAGUAUGAAACUCGCCGAAAUCCCCGCUGUCGUCAACAGACAUGUUUCCCCGCUGCCUCCGGUGCGUAUCGGCUACACAAUUCGCGUUGACAAAGCCUCUACAUACGGUGAGACUGUGCUCGACAUCGAGGUCCCUGCCAAGACAGACGAUGAGGUGACUCGGCAAGGCAUGUCGUUACUGUCGGAGCUGAACCAGCUCAGCACUGCGUUAGAGCCCCAGAUGCAGAGGCUCAAUCAGGAGCUCAAUUUGCUACAACUGCAGCUCAACUCAAGUGCCAACAAGUGUCAGUUUUUCGCAAAACUCGCCGAAAACCCUGUGCCUAUGCUGGAAGAGUACAUCGAAUCGUCAUCCCGGGCUUUGAAAGUGUUGAGCGGCGAUGACGGCUUCAAUGAGGACACUGUGAGACGUGCCAAUUUUUACAAAGAGAAUGAAAACAUGCUUUUUGAAAACCUUGGCGUGCUUCUGUCCAACGGGCGUAUGUGA